AUGUCAGAGAAGGUAUUCAACGUUGCUGUAUUCUUCGUUGUGUUCCGCGAGUGUCUGGAGGCCGCUGUCAUCGUGUCGGUGUUGCUGUCGUUCGUAAACCAGUCGCUCGGCACCAACAGCCCGGCCCUGCGCAAGAAGCUCUGGUGGCAGGUGUGGCUCGGUGUUGCGCUCGGGUUCCUCGUGUGCCUGAUCAUCGGCGGCGCCAUGAUCGGCGUCUACUACCGGUACAACAGCGACAUCUACGGCAAGUCCGAGGACUUGUGGGAGGCCAUCUUCUGUUUCAUCGCGACAAUCAUGAUCAGCGUGAUGGGCCUGCCCAUGCUCCGUAUCAGCAAGUUGCAGACCAAGUGGCGCGUUAAGCUCGCCCAGGCGCUGCUCGAGGUCCCGGAGCGCAAGCGCGACCGCUUCCGCUUUGGAGCCCUCAUGAAGCGCUACGCCAUGUUCCUGCUGCCCUGCAUCACCGUCCUUCGUGAGGGCCUCGAGGCUAUCGUCUUCGUUGCCGGCGUAGGCGCAACCUCCCAGGGCGCCGCCGCAUCCUCCUACCCGCUCCCCGUCAUCGUCGGCCUCAUCGCCGGCGCCGCCGUCGGCACCCUCCUUUACUACGGCGCCUCGCGCUCAUCCAUGCAGAUCUUCCUCAUCUUCUCCACCUGCCUGCUGUACCUCAUUGCCGCCGGCCUCUGCUCCCGCGGCGCCUGGUACGCCGAGACCUACCGCUUCAAUAUGGCCACCGGCGGCGACGCCUCCGAAAGUGGCAGCGGCAACGGCUCCUACAACAUCCUCCAGACCGUCUACCACAUCAACUGCUGCAACCCCAGUCUCGACAAGGGCUGGGACAUCUUCAACGCCCUUCUGGGCUGGCAGAACACCGGAUACCUCGCUAGUAUCCUCGCCUACAACCUCUACUGGCUCGUCAUCAUCGCCAUCGUGUCACUCAUGAUCUACGAUGAGCGCCGCGGCCACCUCCCCUUCACUCGCCACCGCCUGCGCGACCUCAACCCGCUGCGUCGUCGUCGCAAGGAGCUCUCGGCUGCCGAGCAGGACGAACUCUUCGAGCGUGCCGGAAGGCUCGGUUUCGAGCCCGACGGCCGCGUUGCCAACUGA